AUGGUUUCUUUCCGAUCGACACUCUUGGCCGCUGUUGUCGGUGCUGCUUCUUUGGUUGGAUUGGGAGAGGCGAUACCGCACAGAUUGCCAACCUUCAGCAAGAGACAGGCUACUGGUGCUUUGACAGAUACGGAUAUCCUGCAAUUUGCUCUCACUCUAGAACAUUUGGAAGCUGCCUUCUAUACCCAAGGGUUCGCAAAGUUCCCCGAAGCCGACUUUUCCGCCCUUGGUCUCUCGGCCGCACAGAUUACUGCCCUUAAGAAAGUGGGAGAAACCGAGGCCACGCACGUUACCGUCAUUUCGGAUGUACUCACAAAAGCUGGUGCCAACCCUGUUCAACCAUGCGAAUAUAAUUUUGGGUUCACAACGGCUGGUGAUAUGGUUGCCACUGCAAAGAUUCUUGAGGCUGUCGGUGUAUCUGCAUAUCUAGGUGCUGCACCAUUGGUUACCUCGAAAGACAUUUUGGCUGCUGCAGCAAGUAUUGUCACAGUUGAGAGUCGGCACAAUACUUUCAUUCGAGCCGCUGCAGGUGUCGAACUUCCAGUCCCACAAGCUUUUGAUACCCCACUCCCCCCUCAGAGCGUAUUCACUCUCGCUGCCCAAUUCAUCAAAUCCUGCCCUGAAGGUUCAAAUCUCGGCUUCACUGCUUUCCCAUCCCUUGUAAUCACGAAUGCGCAAAGCAUCAAGGCCGGUACCCCUCUCAAUCUUGCUAACGGUAGUACUACCGGUGAUGCAAAGUUCUGCGCCUUUACUGCUGGUGGUGUCGGAACCGUCUUUGUCCCGCUUGCUGAGGGUUCUUGCACCGUCCCUGCAGACUUGGCUGGUGAGGUUUAUGUCCAACUGACUACCAAUGGAGAUGGAAAUAAGCUUGAUGAGACAACAGUUAUCGCUGGCCCCGCGGUUAUUAGUUUAUAA